AUGGCAGGACAGGGCCGUGAGAUUGAAAACACCUUCAGCUUCAGUGCUCUUCCAUCCAAGACGUUUCCAUUUCUACAAAACAGAGAGACGCUGGCAUUGUUGAUGAAAUGGUCUAUGCUGGGAAGACUGACAGCUCAGGCCUUCAGCUUCGACCAGUGCUUCUCUCCCUACAACAGCGAAACGUUUGCCCAUUGCUUUUUCACUGACUCUGUUGUGAUGUCCAGUCUGAGGAAGGUUAGCGCCUGGGGGCCUUUAGAAAAACCCAUAGAAUCUGUCAAAGUGGAGGCGGUUCCUUGCACAAAAGUCUCUAUGGAUUUGUUUGACCCGAUUUACUCUUGUGGCAUUCUUUGGCCGAGUGGACAUAUUGUCAAGUGUUUUCUGGAGAAUUCCCCUGACUACAAUAAGCUAAGAGAAAUGCUGCUGGAUGAGGAGUCCGAGCACUAUCCCGUGAUCAGGCCAGAGGUGCGGCAGGAGUUUCUGUUCCGACUUUUUAAGCACUUGUGUCUCGGGGGAGAGCUGUGUCAGAGCGAGGAAUCUAUUGAACCGUACAUGAGCACAACAAAGCAAAUUUACAAAGAUCUAAUCAGUGUUCAGAAAGAUCCAGAAACAAAAGAGAUCAGUGUUGUGACAAAAGUCUUCAAGGUGUCUGCUUAUAAUGAGUCUGGCCUGUGUUUCCCUGGACGAUCUGAAGAGGAGGAGCAAACCUUUGCCUACUUGAUUGUCGACCCUUAUAAAAGGCAUGUGACCUUGAUCUAUCACAUUUAUGGAAUUGGAGAUUUUUCAUUUUGA